GUCCCCCGCCCCCGCCAACAGCCCCCCGCCCCUCCCAGCGCGCCGCAGGGGCCGCCGCGCGCUGAGGCGCCUGCUCAGUGCAGGACGCGGCACACGAGGGGCGGCGACGGCCGCAGGCGCUCAAGCAUGGCGGCAACGGCGCUGGGAAGCUCUUCGGACUCCGCGUCCCCGGCGGUGGCCGAGCUGUGCCAGAACACGCCGGAGACCUUCCUGGAAGCCUCCAAGCUGUUGCUCACCUACGCGGACAACAUCCUCAGAAACCCUAACGAUGAAAAAUACAGAUCCAUCCGGAUUGGAAACGCAGCGUUUUCUACUAGACUCUUGCCUGUCAGAGGAGCCGUCGAAUGUUUGUUUGAAAUGGGCUUUGAAGAGGGAGAAACACAUCUUAUCUUUCCUAAAAAAGCUUCAGUGGAGCAGCUGCAAAAAAUUCGUGACCUCAUUGCCACAGAGAGAAAUAGCAGAUUGGAUGGGUCAAAUAAGAGCCACAAAGUAGAAUUAUCUCAGCAACCGGCAGCCAGUUCCAGUACCCAGCUUCCUAUAACACAGUUGUCAAACCCCAGUGGUUUAGCCCAGCAUGCGGGGAGCAGCGAGGUGCAGCCAUCGAGUCCACCGUCAGCGUCAAUGGUUACUGCUGGUCCAGUCAUUCUAAAAGUGCUUCAGGCCAACCUUCAGCAUGUGCUGGUCUAUGAGAAUCCUGUUCUCCAGGAGAAAGCGUUAGCUUGCAUUCCAGUCCAAGAGCUAAAAAAGAGAUCUCAAGAAAAGUUAUCUCAAGCUAGAAAAUUGGAUAAAGGUACUAAUUUAAGUGAUGAGGAUUUUCUUUUGCUGGAGCUUUUACACUGGUUUAAGGAAGAAUUUUUUCAAUGGGUGGAUGACAUUUCGUGCAGCAAAUGUGGUGGCAAGACUAAGUCUAGAGGUGAAGCCUUAUUUCCCAAUGACGAUGAGCUAAAGUGGGGUGCAAACAGAGUAGAAGAUCAUUACUGUGGUGCAUGCCAGCUCAGCAGUCGGUUCCCGAGGUAUAAUAACCCUGAGAAACUUUUGGAAACGAGAUGUGGACGGUGUGGCGAGUGGGCCAAUUGUUUUACACUGUGCUGCCGAGCCUUAGGGUUUGAAGCUCGCUAUGUUUGGGAUUACACAGACCACGUCUGGACAGAAGUCUACUCUCCUUCUCAGCAGCGGUGGCUGCACUGUGAUGCGUGUGAAGAUGUCUGUGACAAGCCACUCCUCUAUGAGAUAGGAUGGGGCAAGAAGCUUUCUUAUGUCCUAGCAUUUUCAAAAGAUGAGGUGGUUGAUGUCACUUGGCGAUAUUCUUGUAAACAUGAAGAGGUAAUUUCCAGGAGAACUCAGAUUAAAGAAGACUUACUUCGAGAAACUAUUAAUGAGCUUAAUAAGCAGAGGCAAAUGUCUUUGUCAGAAAACAGAAGAAAAGAACUUCUCCAGAGAAUAAUUGUGGAGCUUGUUGAAUUUAUAUCUCCCAAAACCCCUAAACCUGGAGAACUUGGAGGAAGAAUAUCUGGGUCAGUGGCCUGGAGAGUAGCCCGAGGUGAAAUGGGUCUAGAGAAAAAAGAAACUGUGUUCAUCCCCUCUGAAAAUGAGAAGAUUUCAAAACAGCUUCACCUUUGUUACAAUAUUGUGAAAGAUCAUUAUGUUCGAGUUUCUAAUAAUAAUGACACCAUUUCUGGAUGGGAAAAUGGUGUGUGGAAAAUGGAAUCCAUAUUCAGAAAAAUUGAAAAAGACUGGAACAUGGUAUAUUUAGCCCGAAAGGAAGGAUCGUCUUCUGCUUGUAUUUCCUGGAAGUGCGAGUGCGGGUCAGUUGGCCUGAAAGUGGACAGCGUCUCCGUGAGAGCCAGCAGUCAGACCUUUGAGACUGGCGCGGUGCAGUGGAGACUGCGGUCCGACACAGCGCAGGUGGUGCUGUUGGGCGAUAAAAUUCUUCGCUCCUAUCAUGAUUUUUCUGGAGCCACUGAAGUUAUUUUGGAAGCAGAAUUGAGCAGAGGAGACGGUGUCGUUGCUUGGCAACAUACUCAGCUGUUUAGACAAAGCUUAAAUGACCAUGAAGAAAAUUGUUUGGAGAUAAUUAUAAAAUUCAGUGAUCUUUGAGAACCUGAACAUUAUAGAAAAGCUGGCAAUAAUCAAGGAUUUACCAUGUUUUGAAUUAGUCUGUUGGUUCAGUGCACGCUUAGUGGGCAAUUUACUACCCUCUGGUAGCCUAUUUCUUUUGCUGGCUAUCCAUCAUGUAACCCUCAUGAAAAUAUAUUCUUUGUACUAUGGACCAUAAUGAAACCUUGAGUCAAAAACUGCUUUCCAUAUGUGACUGUAACUUGGAGUAAAGUCUUACUGCCCCAAUAUGAGGUUUUAAUCUAAAAAUUGUAAGUAUAGUUUUAAAAGUAAAAUGACAUUCAUGAUUAAAUGCUGUUCAUGAUUAUGAUAAAAUCUUAAGCUAAAAAUAGUAACAAUAUUUUCUGCUCAGCCAUUAAUUUCUUCAUAAGUUAAUUCAGUUGGGUUUCCUAAGAUUUUAAAUAACUGUGAAGAGUAGCAUCUCAUAAGUUAUAAUGCAUGAAAAUUUUUAUGAUUGUAAAUACAUAGGCAUUUAAGAAAUAAAAUCAGUUAUUUUGCUUUAUAUCUUUUUAGUGGUUACUUUACCCAAAUAAAAAUCUUUAAUAAGUAUGCUAAACAUUGAAAAGUGCUUGAAUAGACAAGAAUUAUGAAAACAUUUAACAUUGUAUAAAUUCAAAACUACAUUAUAAAUCCAUAAUAUGUAGACAUUCAGAAAAUACUUUACUUAUGAUUUUAUUUUUGAAUAUUUUUAUCUACCUCAUUGAAUAAACUAUCAAUCUUGACUUUGAAACUGUGUUACUGUAUUAUACAGUAUUUAUAUGCUGUAUCAAGAGUGGUUUGUAUGCGUUCCAUAUAACCUCUCCAGUUGAACUUAGUGAACAUUUGUUGUGUUUGUGUGCAAAAGCAUUGUGAUAGUACUCGGAAGGUGGUGGUGGUAAAAAGAUGCAGCCCCUGUCCUCCACAUGCCUUCAUGGUGUUCUGCAAAGUUCUCAACUCUUCCUACAAGAAAAGUACACUCACGGAGAUUCUCACUCUGUGCGACAGGAAGGUUCAGUAUGCGCUACAACACGUGUACAAAGGUCUGGGAACGGAGGUUUCAUAUUUGCUUUGUAACUGCAGUCAGACUCACUGGAGCAUCACUUUCUUGCUAAAAAGUUUCAUUUCAAAAAAUUACUUUGUUCAUCUAAAAUUAUUAAUAUGUUUUAAUAUGG